AUGAACGGAUCGGAGCAAGAUGGUUUCUUUGCUAAGAGGAGACGUAUUGACCCGUAUGGAUAUAGUGAAGAGGAGGAUGAUACAGACUCUGGAAGUAAUAUGAAAGAUGUGCCGCCAGUGGAGGAAGAUAGUGCGAUGACUAAGAAGUACGGGAUUGGUGCCAAAUUGUUGUCAAAGAUGGGGUACACGAUGGGGAAGGGUCUUGGGAAAGAUGGACGUGGUAUUUCAGAGCCUAUAAAGGCAGAACAAAGACCAGCAGGACACGCAGGUUUGGGAAUGUUAUCCCAAAAAAGUUAUGUCAAUGAUGCAAAUGAUAUUCGAGAAUUACAAUAUGAAAGCUCAUCAGAUGAUGAAGUGAGAGAGUUAGGGGUUGGUAUUGUAUCAUUUAAUAAAAGGGGAACUGAAGUUUUGAGUGUUCAAGAAGAGAAUAUCGAUUUGAUUAGAAAACUACGAACGUUAAAAAUUGAGAAUAACUUGGAGAUACCAAUUAAUGUAACAAGUACCCUUAAUUCUGGGAGUAAGAUACCCCCUUCCAAGAAAUCUGCAUUGGAAGAUACUGUGAAUGAAUUAUUGGAAUUGCAAAUAAACUUACAGGCAAUUAGUGGACGUCUGAAACCGUUAGAAAAUCACUUAUCGGAACUGAAUAUUAUGCAAAAAUCUUUACAAGAGUUGAGCCAGAUGUGGGAGGAUAAGACGCAAUGGAGGAAGAACCAGAAGCAAAUAAUCACAGAUGUUUUAAAAAUACCAGAGGAUGAUCUUGUUGACAAGCUAGUCUCAGAUAUAAUACUUAUCAAUUUCCCUGAAGAUUUUGCAAAUCGACUUGAAAAUAAUCUUCCCGUUGACCACGAAACGACAUCGAACUCUUUGACGUCCCUCAUUGAUUUACUCCAAUAUCGAAUGGAUACGGAUCGAGAUCGUUUAAACAGAACGCAGACUAUUAUUUACAAGAAAAUAUUUCUUCCGAUGGAACACUAUUGGAAAUCCUUUACACCCACGAAUGAAACAGCUGUGAAACAGGUGCUAGUGUUGCUUCUCUAUUAUGAACCGAUCUGGAAGUUUAUUGGUUGCCAAGAUUAUAUUUUAGAAGUAUACAUCAAUAGCCAACUAGAAGUAGCAAUGGAAGAAUGGCAAAUUGGAGUUUCGGAAAUAUCUCCAAGGUUAUGGUACUUUGAUUUUAUGGUUCUCUUAGAUGAAAAAAUACAGAGAAAAUUAAAAGAUAUCAUGGAAAAGAAGUGGGAAACCUAUUGCGUGUCUUGGAAAGGUAGAACAUCUCCCUUAAUAGAUGAGGCAGAUUUAAUAUUUAUUCAUGAAAUUCUUGGUGAUGAAAAGUUUUAUGGCGUUAGCAGAGAAUGGUUUUUGUUUAAGUAUGUGGAUGAUGUUUGGUAUAAGCAUUUUGAACCUGAACUUGAAUUGGAAAUAUGGGGUGAUAUAAAAAGACAUGGAGAAUUUGCUGAGGAGGAAAAUGACGCUGACACUACGUAUGCCAUGAGCCUAUUAAUAAAAUACCAUUAUGCAUUUCAUCCUGAUGACUUCCGAAUAAUAGUUACUUGCACAUUCAAUGAGAUCAAUAAAAUUCUUUAUCAAUGGAUGUUGUAUGGAAAACAAGAGAGUAAAAGGAACGCUAUAGAAUGGUUCGAGUGGUUAAUUCAGAAACUAUUUAUUUGUGGUCAUAAUCAAAAGAACAUUAUAUCUCACGAAAUCGAAAAAUCUAGAGAAUUUUUAUCAGAGGCCAUAGAUGAAGAUAUUUUGAUUCCCGUUCAUGAUGAAAGUCUUGAGUUGGACGAGUUACUCAAGGAAAAGAUGAAUGAAACUGACGGGAAGACCCAAGAUAUAACUGAACUUGAUAGGGAACCCGAAUAUACCAUUCAAAACAUUCCUCUUCGAAAGGUCACUGUAACUUUUAAAGAAGUUGUAGAUGAUUACUGCCAAAGUCAUGGUUUAAUAUUACAGAAGAGCGCCAAUCGGUUUACUAUGUUACCUUAUGGGAAGGAUAUGAACUCGUUGGUGCCUAUCUUUGAUGUGAAAGGGUCCAACGGCCAAAAAAUGAAGCAUAUAGCAUUAAAGGAUGAUAUAUUAUGGAUUGAAAAUGAUAAUAAUCAUGAGUUUAUUCCGUCUUAUCUGUGGCAGCUCUAA